AGUGACCUUUAACUACUCCCUCCCCAGCCUCUCCCCAGCCGGAUACAUAUAUAUAACGAUGCUAUGAUGGUGGGGCUCAGUCUUGUAGUGUGUGGGCCAGUAUGGGGACUCAUCUGUGGAGUGCGGGCCUUUGGCUCGUGCUAUUGGCAGCUGUCGGCACUCAUAGUGCGGCAGGGCCAGGAGCUUGUCCACGAAGUUGUCCCAAAACUUCAUCAGUAUUCAGCUAUCAAGAUGGCAAAAAAUACACUUAUAGUCUGGAAGGAACAACUGUAACCACGCUGCCUGGAACACAAGGUGAUGUGAGCACUGUGCAUUUGAAGGCAAUUGUGGAAGUAGGUGUCAAAAGCACCUGCUCUCAUGUUGUCCGAAUCAAGAACCUGCAAAUCAUUGGUCCAGAUGAAAAGAAACACAUUGUAAAAGAGUUGGAAGGCAGCCCGAUCAUUGCCAACUUCCAAGGAGGCCUUAUCAACAGUCAGAUUUGCACAGCACCAGGAGAGAGUCAAGCAGCUCUUAACAUUAAGAGGGCAGUGCUUUCUCUUCUGCAGUCAUCUGCUCCAUCUGGUUCUGGCAGCACAAAUAUACGAGAGGUGGACAUCUUUGGUAUUUGCCCCACUGACAUCUCUUUCUCAAGGAGUGGUGAAACAAUUACCAUUAAGAAGGCAAGAAACUUAAAUAGGUGCUCCCAUCGUGAGGAUAUCAAGCAAGAAUUUUUGUCCACUCCUUUUGUUGGAAAUGCUGAUUUGCAGUCUGUUCCUCUUCUUGAGUCCACUCAACAUGUUGAACAAACUGUCAAAAAGGGAGUUAUUGUAAAUGUCGUCAGUGAAGAAACUUAUUUGUUCAGACCUUUUGCCAAACAAAGUGCUGGUGCUCGCACUACAGUAAGGACCCAACUAACACUCACUGGAGAAAAGGCUCAAGCUCUUACUGCCCCUGAAACUGUUAACGUUCCACGAUCCAUAAUCUUUGAAGAUGAUACCCAUCAGUCAUCUCAAAAGAGCAACAAGCUGAGCAUUAUUGCUGCAUUGCAGGCUGCCAGAGAUUCCAUGCCAGAUGUUGCUGGUGUUGAUUCAGCUCGCAAAUUCCAGGCUCUUGUAGGAGUUCUUCGUCACAGUUCAAAAGAUGAUAUUUUAUCUGUAUAUGGGGAAGUUAAAGCUGGAGCAGGAUUUUCUAACAAGCAGGCUGCAAGGAAAGUCCUUUUGGAUGCUCUCUUCAGAGCUGGCACAGGAGACUCAAUUGGUGUAGCAGUUGAACUUAUUCGUAACAAUGAAAUCUCUGGUGAAUACACCAAACUUUGGUACUCUGCUUUUGCUUUUGUGCGUCAUGCUUCAUUGUCAUCUGUUUCUGCUGUUUCUUCUUUAUUGGAUGAACAAAACCUUCCUCGUGAAGCCCUUCUGGGAAUUGGAUCAUUGGCUGGUCGUUACUGCCACGAGCACACUUGUGAAAAUGUCCAACAAGUUAAUGAGUUGAUUAGUAAACUUGCCAAACGUUUGACAAUCAAAAUUACAUCACGAGAUGACGAAAAUAAGGUGAUUGCUGCUUUGAAAGCUCUUCAUAACAUCCAUCACCUCAACAAUGCUGUCGCUGAAACACUGCAGAAACUUGCAUCUGAUCAUUCUGUUCCUAUUCGUGUUCGUGUUGCUGCUCUUGAAACCUACCAAAGUGAUGCAUGCCGUCCUAAGCUCAAAAAAUCUGCUUUGGAAAUAUUGAACAACCGUGAUGAAGAUUCAGAAGUACGCAUCAAGGCCUACUUGGUGCUUGUUGAAUGCCCUUGUGGAACUGUAGCUAACAACUUGAAGGAACUUUUGGAGAAUGAACCUGUUAAUCAAGUGGGGGCUUACAUUGUAUCUCAUCUUCGUAACCUACGAGCUUCUGCUAACCCAUCUAAAUCUGAUGCGAAGAGCCAUUUGGGACUUUUAAGAGCACGAAAGCAUUACCCUGAAGAUAUUCGCAAAUUUUCUCGCAACUAUGAACUUUCUUAUAUUCUGGAUGCUCUGAAUAUUGGCACUUCUAUUGAAUCAGAUGUCAUUUUCUCUCAAGAUUCAUAUGUUCCAAGAUCUGUCUUUCUGAAUCUCACAACUAACUUAUUUGGCCAUAGCUACAAUAUUCUUGAGCUCGGCACACGUGUGGAAAAUGCUGAUCGACUUCUAGAAUCAAUUCUGGGCCCUAAGGGUUAUUUGAAAACUCAUGCACCCAAUGAAAUUGUUGAGAAUAUUCAACGUAUUGUUUCCAAAUACGUCCAAGUUAUCAAGGAUCGUGCGCAAACUUUAGGUAGACAUAAGCGCUCAAUAAACAAAGAAGAUCUUGACAGAAUUAGAAAUGAGGUUGUCAAAUCACUUCCUCCUAGUCUUGGUAAUGAGUUGCUAGUGGAUUUGUCUUUGAAAAUUUUUGGUUCUGAAAUAUUGUGGCUCAGUAAUUGUGACCAGAUUAAGGACAUCUCUCCAGAGAAAAUUAUCAGCAAAAUAUUUGAUGCUCUUGAAAAUUCCAUUGAGAAGGCAAAGAAAUUUGAUCAUCAUGUAAAACAACAUUGGACAUUCCUUGACACAGAACUGACAUACCCAACUGGAGCCGGUCUGCCUCUCAGACUGAUUUCUAGUGGAAGCACUGCAGUUCAUCUGAAACUGGCUGGACAAAUUGACAUUCAUUCUUUGAUUCAUGAUUACAAGAAUGCUCUAUUUCAACUUGAAAUUAUCCCAAGCGCUGCAGUAGAAGUAACUGGAGAAUUGCUGAUUGAUGCUUUUGUCGUCGAAAGUGGUUUGAAGGUUGCCUACACAUUGCAUACAGCUACUGGAUCUAACAUUGCAGUAAAGAUACUUGAAGGAACUGGUGUAGAUGUUUCAUUUGGUCUACCACUGAAGAAACAAGACAUCCUGACAUUGAAAACAGAGGUUCUCAAAACUGUACAAGAAACUGGCCAUGCUGUAGUGGACAUCCCAUUGAUUUUCACUGGAACAAAGAAAGAAUUCCAUGGGUGCUUUGAUCAGAUCAAGGAAAUUACUGGACUCGUUGUGUGUGGUGAUGUUUUAGUUCCAUUUGAUAGUGUCAGAAGUUCUUCUGCUUUCUAUCCUUUGAAUGGUCCUAGCCUUCUUUCUGUGAGAGUGGAGUCACCUGAUGUAGAUUCUUACCAUGUAAAAGCCUACUUGGACAAUAAAGAUCCUUCAAAGCGAACUCUGGAACUGCUUCUUGAAACACCGAAUAGUAAAGUUGAAAGGCGUUUGGCAUUGCUUGUUGAAGGCAAGACAGAACCUAACAAGGAACUAAAGAUCAGUGUGACUUCUCCAUGGAAAUCUUUUGCAUUACAAGGUAUUUUGAUUGAUACUAGUGCUGAACAGUCCAUUACUGCAAAAUUGACAAGUGAUGACAUACUGUAUUCCAUCAAAGCUGGAGUAAAGGUUUCUGGUGAUGAUAGCCAUCAGACUUAUACUCCUAUUUUAGAGUAUAAAUAUCCAGAACAAAAAUCUGGUGUGAAGAAAGGAGGAAAGACUUCUCAAAUCUACAAUGUACUAGGUUCUGUAACAGUUGAUCGAAGUGGUGAAUCCCGAAAAUACACAUUCAAUAAGGUUGCUCUUCGCACACCCUAUGGACAAUAUGAACUUGAUGGUUCUUUUACCAAGGAUACCAAUUUAUAUGCUACGGAUGCUAAAAUUAGCUGGGACAACAAAUACAUCAUUGUGAAAAAUAAGCUUCAGAAACUUGGUGAUCAUCAGUAUGAAGCAAGUGUGGAUGUAAUUCCAUCAGUGCAGAAGGAUCUGAGCAUUGGAGUGAGAUGGAAAUAUGAGAGAAAGUCAGAUGAGCUGAGGAAUGACUUAGUCAUUAUUCAUGGUCAGGACCUACGGAAUGAUCAAACACGCAUCACUCUUUCUCAAUACUUCCAUUAUAGAAUUGAAUCUCCUACCAAUUUCGAUAUAUCUACUCGCAACAGCUUGACCUACCCAAUUUUGAACAUCCAUGCUCAAGUGGAUGGAGCAGCUACACCAAAAAGCAUUGAUUACAAUUUGAAAGCCUCUUAUGAUAUAUACAAAGUGGGAUCAGAAUUACAUGCAAAGACUGGAAUUAAGAACCCUGGAGACUAUGACAUUAAAUUUAUUGCUGAAGUGCAGAACAACACUUUGAACAUUGCAAGCAGUCGAGAUAUUGUUGAUGUAGGAAAAUCAAAGUUUGUUAACGUUUUUGAGUUGGUGCCUGUGACAAGAUAUGAAUUAGUAGCAGAUGUUACUCAUGUAUAUCAAACUAACAAUAUUAACCUCCAAAGUGAUGCUGUUUUGAAAAUCUCAGGAAAGCCAGAUCAGUAUAAAGUUGAUGUAGGUCUUAUUUUCAACUCUGCCACUUCAAAUCUUAUCUUUGACUCACAUGCAAAGAUUUUAAUUGGAUCUGAUAAACUUCUUGAUGCUAGUGCCCUGCACAAGCGAGAGAAUGACUAUCCAACUGGUCAAAACAAGCUGUACAUCAAAAAUUAUUUGGACGCAUCUUCAUCCUACAACUUUAAUAAUGCUGGUGGAAAAGCAACAUUGAGUAUUGAUAUCCCCAAGAUACAGCGUAAGAUCGAAGGCAAUGUUAUACUUACUAUUGAAGGCACAGUGUACACUGCUGAUGGUAACCUGCAAUGGCAUGCUGGAGUAGAUCCAUCUCAACAACUUGCCAUUCAUUCAGUAAAUGAUAUCAGGCAGGAUUCCAUUGAAUCUAAGAAUACACUUACAAUUUUAGAUCAAAAGACAAUUCUGAACCUUAAGGGUGCUCUCACUGGGAAAUUGUCAGAUGGCCAUCUUAUAAUCAACAGUGACUUAAUUUUGCCUAACAGCCGUCAGAUAACAGUCAAAUUAGACAGAGUUUUGCAAAUACGAGAUAUUAGUGAGGGUCGUGUUGAAUUCGUUCUUGUGGACACACCCUCAAAAGGAAGCCAGCCAAGGAGAUUAGUUCUAUCAGGAGGAGCAUCAAAUGUCAAUCCGAAAUUGGUGUCUUUCGAAGGAGAUGGUAAUUUAGAAUAUUUCACACCUGAAGGCAAAAAUCUGAAGGUCAAUGUGAAAGCAGAUAGUAAAGCACAAGAUGAGCACAGAAAUAUUGGAGGCGAGCUUCAUGUUGGUGGUUCUCUCAUCCCUAAGUCUCUGGAAAUAAAAUCUAGUGGGGACAUUUCCAAGGAUGUCAUUAGUUACAAGGCAAGUGGAGCAUUAGGAAGUGAUAUCAAAGGUAGUACAGAAGGCUCAAUUCAUACUGGAAUUGGAGGAAAGUCCCCUGUGGAAAUUGACAGCACAAUAGAAGUAAUUUUGCCUAAUGAAAAUGUCAAACAAUUUAAAUUACACAACAAAUUAUCUGUCUCAGUCAAGAAGGAUUCUCCAUGUGAGGUAAUAUCUAAUAAUAUCAUCUCUUGGAAUAAUGACCACACAUUGAAGCUAGAUGGGCAAUUCACUGCAGAUGCUGGUUCUGGCCAAGGAUCUGCAAAAGUAGUAAUCACUCCUCCCAAUGAACAAUCUCGAAGUGUUGCUCUAACGUGGUUGGUGCCCACAGCUACUAGUGGAACUGAAAUCAAACGAUCUGGUUCUGCAACUUUCCAUUGGGAUGGUGACAAGGAAGCUAAAUUCAUCGGAGAAGUUGUUCUGAGCAAGGGAGAUGAUAAAUCAUUCAAAGCAAAAUUCACCGCUGACACUCCUUAUGAAAAAGUUAAACAUCUUGACUUGACUGUUAAUUCAAAGCUUACUGACGAUAAUGUGGAAACGAAUGGAGUUCUGAAUGUAAAUGACAAAAAAGUAACAUUGGAUAGCAAAGUAGGUGUUCAUGGCACUCUCCCUCUGAUCGAUAUAACAGUGGUCUAUCCAGAAGGAACUACCAAACUUUACGUGAAUUUUGAUACGUUGACUCGAGAGCAAAUCAAAGGUCAAAUUAUUAAUCAGUGCACACUGUUUGGAGGCUGGGAUAUCAAUGCAAACAUUGAUGCAACCCUCAGUAUUGAAAGUCCUAAACUUCGAUUAGACCUUCAUGCUCCUCGAUUCAAAAUUGAUAAAUGGCAUAUUGAAGCAGAUCAAAGAGCUGUCAAAGGAGCAAAGAAGAUUGUAUUCUCAAUCAAAUCCCAUGAUAAAACUGUGGUUGCUGGAAGUACAACUCUUCGUCACAAACAGGAUGCCAACUCAGAAACCUAUGAUGGGGCUGGUACCAUUGAGGUUGGAGAUCAAGGCCCCAAGAGAUUCAACUUCCGUCUUGAUAGAGUACAACUGACUCAGGAUGCUAAUCAUGAAACAGGACUCGAAUACAAGUUUAACGUUGAUGCUGGUGAAAACUCAUUGCGUUCUGCUCUGAAAUCAUCUAAUAGGGAAGCAAGUUAUUCUGUGAAGUACUGUGCCAAAGAUUUAUGCUCUAAUGCUGAAGCUUCCACCAAAAUAGUGACAGGAGGGUUGAAUGAAAUCACUCAUGAUGCAGUGUUUGUAAUUGAUCUAAAGAACCUAGAGGUACCUGUUGGCAUCUCUAUUCGAGAACACACAGAACGAAGAGGAUGGUCUCUGAAUCAUGAAGCUGACAUUCAGUUGCAACAUGGUUCUCACCGUACUGCCUACAAUGUUCGUGCAAUUGUUUCAGACAAUGGCCUGGUUGCCAAUGUCACUCUUCCUAAGAGAGUAUUGUCCCUGGAGGCUCUCUCAUCUGUCAAGUUGGAGAGCUCCGUUGGAGAACAAGAGCUAACUCUGCAGUUAUGGUGGGAUCGAGUGAACAAGCCUUCUUUGCGUACUGUUGCCAGUGUAGCAUUUAGUCAAAAGAAUGAUAAGAAUGGAUUCCAACUGUCAAGUCAUGCGCGCUUCAACAAUCCAUCUCUUGAAAGAGAGCUGAGUGUCAAAGGAUACCUCUUGACUAGUGGACUAAAUAAACUUUUUGAUGCAUCUCUUGAACUUGAUGUUUUCAAGAAAGCCAAUCAGAAGAUCUUGAUUACAAGUGACGCAGGUCUGAAUAAAAUCGCAGAUGGAUAUAAUUUGACUUCCAAUCUGGAAGUCAAGAGCAAGGGUCAAAACAUUGACUUGAGUGCUCAUGAAACAUAUGUUGUAACCACAUCACAGUUUUAUUAUUAUUUAAUUGGCACCUCAAAAAUUGGUAAGAAUGCACCAAAGGAAAUAGUAUUUAAUGCAGACAUUACAAAGGAGAAGUUCUACCUCUCGUUUAAGGUACCUAAUGGAGAAGUUAUUCUCAUUGAUGGAAAAGCCCAUAUUGGAUCUAGUCUUCCAGCUGAUGCAACCAUAGAUAUUGGAGUUAUUGGACUACAACCUGUAGUUAUUCAUACCACUGCUCAGAAGAGGGGCAUAAUUGCUGUCACUACAACUAUUUCAAGAAAAGGAGCACCAAACAAAAAACUAAUCAUCUCUGGAGGAAUUGAAAAUGGAGUGUACUUGCGUGCUGAAGUAAUAAAACAAUCCGAAAAUAAGGAGCUUGCACAUAUUGUUGUAUCUGGAAAAGAGAAAGAUUUCUUGAAAACUGAUUUUAGUUACUCCACAGAAAAUAUCAAACAUUUCUCACAAGAAAUUCUUCAUGAACUUGAGGAGGCAGUGAAGAAAGGAAGGGACUUUGCUAAUAGCUACUCAAAUGAAAUCUCAAAUGAAUGUAUUGCAAUUAUUGAGAUUCUGAAAAAGAGUCAGCCAAAUGUGCCACGUUUGUUGGAAGUAGCAGAGCAAGAACUGAAGAGCAUCAGAAUUGAACUUGAAAAUGAUGAAGUAUUGAAGUCAGUAACUCAAAACCUGAAAGAUGCUCUUGGUGGUUUACUGCCAUCAUCCAAAGCCCUUGAGGAUGCAAUAAAAGAAAUUUCUGCUGCUCUUCAAACACUACUCAAAAAUCUUCAAAAUUUCCAAGUUGAAAUUAUUGAAAGUUUGAAAAAAUUGGCACCUACAAUUUCAGAAUUAUGGACAGCCCUUGUUAACCUAAGUGCCAAAUUUUUGGAAAAUCUUUUACAAGAGAUUUCAAAAAUUCUGAAUUCUUUGGCUGACCUUUUGAAGAAGUAUGAACCAGAAAUUAAAAAGCUUAUCAACACAUUCAGUGAAUUGUUCCAUGAUGUUACUCAGGCAGCAAGCUCAACAUUGCGUAAGAUUGCUGACGAAAUUGUAGAUUUGAGCAAAAUUGUUGUUGAUGGAAUAAAGGAUUUGCCUGCCACCGGUGUUCUCAAAGAGAAAUAUGCUGAGUUUAUUGAAAUUGUAAGCAAAUUGGAAGUACCUACUGGCAUUUGGAAUGUAGCUGAAGAGGUCAUCAAUCUUGUGAAAGGAUCUGUGCCAAAUCCUGAGAUACAAGAACUUAUCACUGCCAUUGAAGCCUAUGUUGAGAAGCAUGUGAAGAAACUGCCUGUUGAUGAUAGAGCUGAACUGAAGAAGAUAUACGAGAAACUUGUGGUGGCAAUCAAAUCUCUGGUGAACGAGAUCCAAAGACAUCUAGUUGCUCAUGAACCUGGUACUGGCUUAAUUUCUUACAAGCUGCCUCUCUCGCUGACCACUCUGUACCAAAUUCCUCGCUUGUUUAUUGUGCAUCUGAGCCCUCUAUCAUAUCUGGCUUCUGAUGAUUUGCCCAGACUUGUAGACUUGUAUUAUGCCUACAGACCAUCUCUGAACCCACUUGAAUGGAUACCUCCUUUCCGGGCCACUGGCAUCCUCAUCCAUUCCAAUAACUUUAUCACCUUCGACAACCGAUAUUACACAUUCAAGGGUAGCUGUUCAUACGUCUUAGCUCAAGAUUACCUUGAUGGAAACUUCAGUUUGGUACUCACUUUGGAUAAUGGAAAACUGAAAGCAAUUACUGUCAGUGACAACAGUGACUUAGUUGAAUUGAGUGUUGACAAAUCGCUGAAGGUAAAUGGGGCAGCCUCUGAGUAUCCAGUUCAGCAAGGAGACAUUCAGGCAUGGCGACGUUAUUAUAGCAUCAACAUCAAGAGUAAAGCUGGCAUAUUUGUUCAUUGCCAUACAAACUUUGAUAUCUGUGUAUUCCAUGUUUCUGGAUUUUACCAUGGACGCACUCGUGGUCUUUUGGGUACAAUUGAUAACGAACAGUACAACGACUUCAGCUUACCCAAUGGAAAGGUUGUGGAGCAACCUGGUGAUUUUGCAAAUGCAUGGAAAUUGAAUGGCCAAUGUGCAGAUACUGCAGUUCAGACUAUUUCUUCUGAUAGUUCUGUUAAGGAAUGUACCGACAUCUUUGGUGGAUAUACUGUUUUGAGAGCAUGCUAUCCAUUUGCUGAUCCAACUGUGUUCCGUGAAGCCUGCAAUAGCGCUGUUCCCCAGGCAGACAACAAGUUAGAAGUCGCAUGUACUUUUGGAGCCUCAUAUGUUGAAUUGUGCCAGAGGCGAUACAAUAUUCCAAUCAAUUUGCCUCAAUCUUGCCAGACUCUGAGCUCUGCAAAAUGUAACAUUGUUGGAGGUGAGAAGAUUGCCCCUGGUGAACAUGUAACAGUGAAGUCACCACAGAAGGCUGCAGAUAUUGUUAUUGUAGUUGAGCAAGUUGUGGGCAACGCUGAAGUGUUUAGAGAACUGGUUACUCCACUUGUAGUAACACUGAGUAACGACCUCAAGAAGAAGGGAAUCACGUACGUAAAAUUCAUUUCUGACACUAUUGAUGUGAGUAGAAGGGGCAAAUGGACACAAUUUAAUUGUUAUACUUGGUUACUUAUGGAUGUGAAUUAUGCACUCAUCGGUUAUGGUGCUCCUGGUCAGAAAUGGCCGGCCCAUCUCACAUCCAAUGGCAACAUUGGAUUUGGAGGCAAAAACGUAAAAUUCUUAGAAAAAGAACCUCUUCCUGAAGUAAAUUUAGAUAAGGACCAUUGGGUGCAGUGGUUGAAAGUGAAGAUUGAAUAUCUAUCUCAGCGAAUCCAUCAGUCUGAAGCUUACAUCGAAGCUGUGAAUUAUCCCUUCAGAGCAGGAGCUGCUAAACUCAUCCUUGGUGUUACUGCUUCUUCUUGCCCUGACACUUCAGGUUUCUUGUCACAGAUUCGACAGAAACUUGCCAGAAGAACAUUCACCAGACUUGGUCUGAAUAUACAUCAGAUAAUGCCUAUUGAAGAUUUGCGUAUCACUGGCAAGGAUCAAGCCAAGGUUAACUCUAUCGUUGGCUUUGAUUCUACAGCUGUGUACACUCUGGACAAGAAGAAAUCUGAAGGUGAUGCAGCCCUCCGUAAUGCCCUUGAAUACAAGUCAAAUAUCUGUGCUGAUGUACUCCAGGCUGCAAAUGGUGUUGCAUACAACAGCCUUAACUUCCUGAAGGCUAAGGGUGCAGAGAAGAAGCAGUUCGUAAAUGCUGUGUCUUCUCGCAUCACUGCAGCCCUCACAGGAUUUGAACAGACUGAAGAGUGUUUAUGUUAUCUGGAUGAUGGAGUCCAUCCUGAGACCUUGUGUCACGUGGCUAGGAAGGCUGGUGGAGGAGUAAAGGGUUGAAAGACCUAGGCCUGAACGUAGCAUUAAAAUAAAAUGUGAAAAAGUGUUUGUAUGAUAUGUGUUCUAGUGAAAUUAAAAUUAUUGUUAGUGUAUCUUUUGGAAAUAAAUAUGUCACCUCCAUGUAAUGUGUGUGAAUCAGUUUUACUAUGCAGGUUUUGAUGUUCAGUAUUGUUACUUUUGUCUAUGGCACUAUACUGCAAUCAGUAUAUCUCUGUGUGCUAGAUCUGUACUCUUCAUUUGUAAAGAAAAAAGUAUAUCUAUAUUUUCAAUUACAUCUAUUUAUUAUACUUAUGUUACACUUAAAUAAGCAUACACACAAAAUCCUGUUAUUGUCAUGGACUAAGGUGACAAAUAUAUGUAAUUUUCCACAAGUUUCCUCUCGUUCUAAAUUUAUUCAAUUCCCCAUUUCUCUUGCAGAAUCCAUUUGUAGAUCCUAUUCUUUGAAUACAAAAAUAGUAACAUCCUAUUUCCUGAAAGUUAUUCUAUUAUAGCAAAAAAUACAAG